GCGGAAUUACCCAUCCACUUUUUUUCCCCCCCACACAGACACAACAAAUCCACGUUCGUCCACUUCCACGCGCUUGUUUCGCGUAUCCGCAACGCGCACGCGCUCGGAGCCGCGUGGGAAUGGUCGCCGGGCUAGCUGGGCGGGUUUGGUGGGGGGUUGUGGUGGAAGUGGGGGGGCGGGGGGUAGGAGGGCUGGACCAAGCCGAGCAAAACACGCUAAAAACACUUUUAAAUGUCCGCCAUGUUGCCGAUGGCGCACUGAGUCGCCAACGCGGAGGGGAAGCGGAGCGCCGGGGAAAAGCAGGCCGAGACACAGCGAGCGACAUCCGGGCCUCCUUCACCCUCCCCCCACACCCCACAGCGCUGCGGCAUCACUCCGGGCUGGCGACGCCCUACCUUAGCGCUUGACAAGCUUACAAAAAAAAAAAAAAAAAAAAAAAAAAAAACAACGUCAGAGUUAGCCGCCCCAGAAUCAUCCAUGAAAGCUUCACUCGUCACCGCGGUGAAUAUUAGGAGCUCGGAUAGACAUUAUUGGUGAGAGGGGGCACCUAAAAAGGAGGGAAAAUGAGUAAAUUGUCGUUUCGGGCGCGGGCGCUGGACGCCACCAAGCCGCUGCCCGUCUUCCGUUGUGAGGAUUUACCCGACCUGCACGAGUAUGCGUCUAUCAACCGGGCCGUGCCGCAGAUGCCGACGGGCAUGGAGAAGGAGGAGGAAUCGGAACACCACCUCCAGCGGGCUAUCUCGGCACAGCAGGUCUAUGGCGAGAAGCGGGACAACAUGGUCAUCCCGGUCCCGGAGGCGGAGAGCAAUAUUACCUACUACGAAUCGCUGUACCCUGGAGAUUACAAGAUGCCAAAGCAGCUCAUUCACCUGCAGCCUUUCAGCCUGGACACAGAGCAGCCGGACUACGACCUGGACUCGGAUGACGAUGCCUUUGUUACCAAGUUGAAAAAGAAGAUGGAGAUCAGCCUGCUACAGUUUGAGGAGAUGAUCGACCGUCUGGAAAAAGGCAGCGGGCAACAGCUGGUGAGUCUCCCCGAGGCCAAGUUGCUCCUCAAGGAAGAUGACGAGCUUAUCAAGGAGGUGUUUGACUACUGGAGCCGCAAGAGGAAAAACACCAAGGCACAUUCGCUUAUUAACAUCAUCAAGCAGGAGAAGCGUGAUGGCUCCAGCACCAGUGACCCCUACGUUGCCUUCCGGAGGCGCACUGAGAAGAUGCAGACUAGGAAGAAUCGCAAGAACGAUGAGGCGUCCUACGAGAAGAUGCUGAAACUCCGCAGAGAUCUGAGCAGGGCAGUCACCAUCUUGGAGAUGAUCAAGAAGAGGGAGAAGAGCAAGAGAGAGCUGCUGCAUCUCACACUAGAGAUCUUUGAGAAGAGGAACGUAAUGUCAGACUACGGCGGCGAGGUACUAGCCGAGGUCCUGGCAGAGCGGGCGCUUGUGAGGCCGCAGAUCAUCCCACUGGUUCCACUCACCAACCAGUACCACAUGGACCACAAGGACUACAAGUCCAAACCUGAGAAGACAGAAGUCAAAAAGAGAAAAUACGAGAAGAAGCAGAAGUCUCUUCCGCUGUUGGCCGGUGCUGCACAUCACCAAGGUCCGGCCAUCUUUAAUGCAAAAGACCUGAACCAGUAUGACUUCCCCAGCUCUGAUGAAGAGCCCCAGUUGCACUCUGGCUCUUCAGAAGCUGAGGAAGAGAAUGACCCAGAUGGUGCCUAUGCUUUUCGAAGGAAGGCGGGCUGCCAGUACUACGCUGCUCGUCAAGGUCACAUGGGCGCCUGGCCGUGGUCCCCGGGCUGGGAAGGUGGGUUGGCACACACCCGAUACCGCUACAGUCUCACCACACUCACAGUACCACGACGCUGCCAGGGGCUGGCUCGGCGGCGCCUGGGACGAGGGGGCAGGGUCUUACUGGACCGAGCACAUUCAGACUAUAAUAACGUUUUCCACGAACUGGACCCGAAGACGCUGGAUUGCCCAGCACCCCCGCCAAGCUCACGCUCAUCGGGCCCUCGCUUUCCGGCCGCCAGCAAGUUUGACAGUACCUCACCAACAAAUACCUCAGACAGAAGCUCCUCCUCGCCGCCCUCGGACCUCAGUCAGAUUCUUUUGAGCAUAAAGGCAUGCCGGUGGCGCCACUUCCGGCCGCGGACACUACAGCUGCACCAGCUUGACAACGCACACCCGCUGUUCCGUAGGCUCAGUCGAUGCGUUAAGCGACCGCUCGCCAACACCCGUAUGCCAGCCCAGCGCAUCAUACGGCCUGGACCGCUUCCCCAUAUUGCACUGACUGCCGAGCAGUUCCAGCUUUAUCAGGACGAGUUGAUGCAGAUGCAGAAGGAGCAACUGGAGCAGCAGCAGCAACUUCAAGCCAACAGAGCCACCACUGCCCACAGCACAACUACAACACAGAUGUCGGCAAACACGUUGGACCAGGCCAGAGCUCAGUUCGCCGCCUCAGCUGUUGUCACCGCCGAGCAAAUUCUGGCCUUGAAGACCAAGGAGGAGCUCAGUCUGGGUGGCGGAGUCAACGGCGUCCUGUCCCCCUCAGGUGUCUACAAGGGCUUGCACCUAUCCAGCACAGCGUCCCCCUCCCUGGCUGCCCCGGCCACGCCUGCCAACCUAUCCAGCACCGCCUCCCUGCACCCAGGCAGUGCCGCCACGCCCGCCUGCAGCGCCCAUAGCAACAACGGCACGGCCCACCACGCCGGCCCCACAACCACUAACGCCACUCAGGUCUCGUUGGGCAACAGCAAUAGCCUCCGCCUGGCCAUGCCCACUGGAAAACGGCUGCACGCCCCCCGAACGCUAAGCAGUGCCAUGUCGGCGUCCGCCUUAAAGCUGGCGCACGCCACCGCCAACUGUCAGAAGUGUCCCAAGGUUCCAUCGGCCACUGCAGCCUCGCCGCUGGACAUCGUGCCCAGGGAGAACCAUGAGCCGGACAAGGCCGCACCACUCAACAACCUGUCUGAGAACACAAUGGCCAUGGAGGUGACGUAGCCCGCCCACACAUGGGGACUAAACACGUUUCUUUUCGGGUUGUUUUUUUUGUUUUGUUUUGUUUUUUAAAAUUUUUAUUUUGGUGCUAUGCAUCGUCCGUUAGGCUUGAACAUGAGCGGACUGACUGGACUUGACUGGCGGGAGCCGAUCGUCCUUUUUAUAUAUAUAUAUAUAUAUAUAUAUAUAUAUAUAAAAACACAGUAUUUGUUACUGUUAAUAAGAGAUUGUCUGUAAAUUGUUAAUAUGGCAAUGAAAUGUACAGUACUGAAUAUUUGUAGGCCCCGCCCACCUGCCCCUCUUGUAUAUAACAUGACUUGAAUACACAGUUGUUCAUUUGUGAUGUUUUGCACUCGACAUGUUGGAGAAAAAAAAUUCAAAGGACAAACUUUCAGCGGCUGGAACCAGCCUCAACGUACUCCCCAUCAACUCACUCACCCACCCGCCCCUCAUCUAUUUAUUGUUCCGCGUUAACGUCCAAUCCUUCGUUGUGACCGCUCCUUCUUCAUCGAAACCCCACCUGCCAUUUCACAUCUUUUCUACAAUAAAUAUUUUUGUACCAAAUUUUUUUGUUAAUUUGAUUUGUAAUUUGACUUCACGCUAAAGAAACUCAUCAUUUUGUUUUUCCUCUGCUGGGAUGUGGCAGGAAAGGACCAAUCAUUCCACUUUUUAGACGACAAACAAAAGAAAAAAAAAAGCAAAUUUUGGGACUUUAAGAUGUUGUGGUCGUUGGUGUGCUGAUCUUCUCUUCUGUGAAGAGUUUGGUACUGAGCGCGGCUUCUUCUCGUAGUUUUUGUUGGGUUGUUUUUCCCUGUGUGUACGGCAGUGAGCGCCCCCUCCUGUGUGCGCAGCAAUGAUGAUGGAUGGACUCCACAAAACAAGUGUCACUCAAUGAAAUAAACAUCCAGGGCAUUA